ACCGCCCAGGCAUCGCAUCGGCUCCCAGGCUGUCGCAUCACUGCGCGGGGAGGGGCCCCGGUUUCCACUAUUGGCUAGUCGGCUACUGUAUUACCGACAGCUUUACGGUAGUCCACGGUCACAGAGGAUGUGCGCGAGCGCUGCUCUUUUCAUUUCCCUGAAGCUCACAAUCUGCUGGGUUUUCAACAUGAUUUUAAGAAGACAUUAGGGGGUGUUUUUCCUUACUCUUUCUCCAGCAUACACCCUCUGAACCCUGUUUAAACCGAAAGGAGAUGCACCCGGAUAAACGCGGAUACAUUGUCCCGACACCGCGAGAGGAGAGCAGCAUGUAACCGGGAGAACCGCACCAGCGGCACCACCUGACACUUCUCUCUCUCGCUCCUUGUUCCCUCAUAAUUUGAGGCUUCUCGAUGUGUUGACUGAACUCUUCUCGUUGUUUUGGAUAUUAUCUUCAGCAAAAUGAGCGAGGAAGUGUCAGAGAUCCCAAAAGAGCUUCUGGAGAGUGUGAGGGAUGCAGUGGGGAGGAAGGUGAAACUGUCACUGAGGAGGAGAGUCAAACUGGAGAUCAAAGGCGACAAGACGGAGAACAGAGUCUUGGCCCUUGCGUCUCACCGAGCCUACCUCUUGACGGCACGCAUUCCCACAAAGGUGGAACACUGCUUUAACUAUCUGGAGAUCCAGGGGAUUGCUUGUAAUAAGCCUACACAGCUGUUCAUAGAGUACGAGCGUGGCUGCUUCUCUCUGAAGCUGCUCUCUACAGAGGAGGUCAAUGAGGUGGUCGCUCACAUAGGAAACUGUAUGCUGAGGAUAUGUCCCGGCCUACCACCUAGUAAAGUGAUGAAGAAGCUCUGUAUGGACCCUCCAGACAGGCUGACCUCUCUGCAGACUCUGUGGGAGAACAACAAGCCUGCUGAGCCUGGACCCUGUGGUGGGUUUUCUCCGAUGUACAGAUGUGUAUGUGACUGGUUGGGGCUGCCUUACAAAGAAGAGGUGCAGUGGGAUGUGGACACCAUCUAUUUGACACAAGACACCAGAGAACUCAACCUGCAGGACUUCAGCCAUCUGGAGAACCGGGAUCUGGUGGCUAUAAUAGCAGUCCUGGAGUUUAACCAGUGGUUCACCAAGCUCUCCACCAAGGACUACAAACUGUCUGCAGACGUGUGCGAGCAGAUCCUUCGGGUAGUUUCUCGCUCCAGUCGACUGGAAGAGUUGGUUCUGGACAACGCAGGACUCAAAACGGAUUUUGCCCAGAAGCUAGCUGCUGCCCUCGCCCACAACCCCAGCUCAGGACUCACCACCAUUAAUCUUGCCAACAACCCACUGGAGGACAGAGGCAUCUCCUCCCUGGGUGCUCAGUUUGCCAAACUUCGUAUGGGGCUCAAGCAUUUAAACUUCUCCAAAACCUCAAUAUCACCCAAAGGGGUGAACAGCCUUUGCCAGUCACUGAGUGCCAACCCGUCCAUCCCCAGCAGCCUGGUCCAUCUGGACCUCUCAGGGAAUGUCCUCCGAGGAGACGACAUGCAGCAUGUCUACCACUUCCUGGGUCAACCCAACAGCCUGGCAACCCUUGACCUCUCCAACACUGACUGCUCAUUGGACCAGGUUUGCUCAGCUCUGCUGCGAGGCUCGGUCCAACACCUCGCUGUUCUUAACGUGUCAAAGAGCGUCUUCCCUCACAGGAAAGGCAAAGAGGUGCCUCCAUCAUUUAAGCACUUCUUCAGCAGCGUCAUGUGUCUGAGCUCCAUCAACGUGUCAGGAACCAAGCUGCCGCCAGAGGCCCUCAAAGCUCUCCUGCUUGGCCUGGCCAGUAACGUCAAUCUGAAGGAUGUGAGUCUCGACCUCAGCUGCUGUGAGCUGCGGUCAGGAGGUUCUCAGAUCCUUGAAGGUUGUAUUGCCGAGAUCCCAAACAUCUCCAGCCUUGACAUCUCUGACAAUGGCCUGGACUCAGACCUGGCCACUCUGCUGGUGUGGCUGGCCAAGAACCGAUCCAUCAGACAUCUGUCUCUGGGCAAGAACUUUACUAACAUCAAGUCCAAAAACCUUGCUCCAGUGUUGGACAGCCUGGUCCACAUGAUUCAGGAAGAGGAGUCGCCCCUCACCUCUCUGUCUCUAGCAGACUCCAGGCUGAAGAGUGAUCUGACCAUCGUUUUGAACGCCCUCGGCAGCAACUCCUCGCUCACCAGGUUAGAUAUCAGCGGGAACGCCAUGGGGGACAUGGGUGCCAAGAUGUUGGCCAAGGCGCUACAGAUAAACUCCAAACUCCGGACUGUGAUCUGGGAUAGGAACAACACCAGCCCUCAGGGUCUUCAGGAUGUAGCAGCCGCUCUGGAGAAGAACUUCACCAUUCGUUUCAUGCCCAUCCCCAUCAUCGAUGCCUCCCAGGCUCUGAAGGCCGGCCCGGAGAAAACAGAGGACGCCUUGCUAAAGAUUGAGAAUUAUUUGUACAGGAACCAUGAAACCAGAAAAUACCUACAGGAGCAGGCCUAUCGGCUGCAGCAGGGCAUCGUGACCACAACCACACAACAGAUGAUUGACAGAAUUUGUGUGAAGGUGCAGGACCACCUGAACUCUCUGAGGAACUCGGAGACAGAUGCCAUCUUGGAGGACGUCAGGUCAGCAGAGAAUCUCAUCAAAGAUGCCAGGAACUCUAAAACGCUGCUCCCUAACCUCUACCACCUAGGAUCCGCUGCCAGAGAGGAGGUGAACAGCUCAUCAGUAGGACCCAUCCAGGAGAAAUUGGAGUCUAUGGCCGGGGAGGUGACGAAUGUCAUGGACCAACAACUACAGACUCUGUUGGAGUCGAUGGUGGAUGCAGCAGAGUCUCUGUGUCCCCAUGUGAUGAAGAGGAGUAGUCUUCGUCCAGAGCUAAUGAAGGCCAGCUCAGCCAAGAUGGUUGUACCCAAAAGCUUUGUCACCAAAACCCUCCUGGAGCAGUCUGGGGUGGAUAUUAUCAACAAGAUCAGUGAGGUGAAGCUGAGUCUCGCGUCCUUCCUGUCCGAUCGUAUUGUGGAUGAGAUUUUGGAGGCUCUUUCCUCUUCCCAACUCACUCUGGCAGACCACCUGGUGCGACGAGGUCGCCCCUUGGUGCAGCAGGAGUCGAUGGACCUGGACGUCCCAGAAGAGAAGAUUCCUAAACGGGCAUCCACCGAGAUACUGGAGGCUGAGAGGCUGGAGGAUCUAGAGACGUGCAUGAUGACUCCUAAAUCCAAAAGGAAGAGCAUCCACAGCAGAAUGCUUCGGCCCGUGUCUCGUGCUUUUGAGAUGGAGUUUGACCUGGACAAGGCCCUGGAGGACGUCCCGAUCCAUGUGGAGGAAACUUCAACUUCAUCUCAAACUCCUCCGACUCCAUCUCAGGUCCUGCCCAAACUGGAGCACCGGCCAUCAGGAGUGAUGGUGGAGCUGCCGUCUGAGGAGGAAAAAAAGCUGCAGCACUUCACCAAACUGCGACCGCGCCGAAACAAGAAAAAGCAUUCCAGCAAAAUACCUCAAAUCAACAGCGCUCCAUCUCAGGAUGGAGAGCAGAAUGGCCUCAUGGGAAGGGUGGAUGAGGGUGUGGACGAGUUCUUCUCUACAAAAGUCACCAGGAUGGAUUCCAAACGUUCCAAGAAUUCAGAAUCUCAGGAUGGAGAGAAGAAGAAGAAAGGAGGAUUCCUCAACCUCAUCAAACGUUCUUCCAAAUCCGACAAAGCAGAUAAAUCUGAAAAAUCAGAUAAGUCUGAGAAAAACCAGGCGACCCCUGCAGCUUCGGGUACAUCCUCAGCCUCUGCAGCCUCGACGCCAGCUUCUAUCCCUGAGGAGCCGUCCUCUCCAAAGGUGGCUGUAAAGAGCCCGGCGCCUGAACCAAAGUCUAGAGACGCCUCCAGCCGCUCACAGCCUACAGACUACAGCAGCAGCUCAGACCGCUCAGAAGAGCUGAGGACGCCAGACUCCAUGGACGAGCCCUGGGAGUGCAUAGACGGCAGGGGCAGUCCUCAGGGAGGCAGGCGGUACCCGGGGAUGCAGAUGAUGGGCAGCGGCCUCCUCGCAGAGAUGAAGGCCAAGCAGGAGAGGAGAGCGCAUAAGUCCUCCAGCCCUGACCGGCCUGACAGCAAUUCAACAGCAGCCAAGCCCGCCAUUUCAGAAAGCAAGUCCCCCAGUGGUUCGAUUAAUAAAUCUGAUCCACCGGCGGGUUCACCAGAGAAGACCCCUCCUCGUGGAGAGAACAAGCCUGACAAGGCCACUCGUCUCAGGUCUACGUCCUCCUCGAGUUCCCCUGGGGGACCAGUAACUCCUAAACCGGCGGUACCACAGGGAGCAAAGCCCGCUCUGGCUGCCCGACCCACCAUCCCACAGAAGCCAAGGACCAGCAGUACCAGCAGGAGCAUAGAUGAGAGCUCAGAUUCCCCCGGCAGUGGCGGUGUGUCUCCAAAGGUCACAGCACUGAAGAGGACGGUGUCAGACAAAGACAAAGACGGUCAGAUCAGUCUGCAGUCAGGAGGCUCUGCCAACAAAACCACUCAGGAUGCGAGGGCGGGGUCUGUGUCAGACUCUGUUCAGCGACCCAGUCGUCUCCGGACCAACUCUGAGGAUCACGGCUCCUUCAAGAACAAGGACCAAACUCCAAACCCAGACAAGGCAGCGGGCAAGAAGUCAUCAGACUCUGGGGAGGAGGCAGACAAAGACUUUAUUUUAAUAUGAUUAAGACAAAUUCACAGCAAAAACCUGUUGACAAGCUUCACACGUUUUGCUCCAGAAAAGCAACUAAGGAGGAAACUAAUCAAAUUUAAUUUAUAUUAGAGGUUGUACCUGUGAGUUCUGUCUGACCGCAAUGUAGAAAUCCUGUUUGGUGUGCAGGAGGACCUUCUGCAGCAUCAGGUAAUAAUCGGUUUCAAAUUAAAGUUUAGUUAUCUACGAUAAAACUAUUGUUAUUUAAUCUCGGGGAAAUAUCCUCAGUAAACCAAACUGUGCUAAUGCUCCUCAGAGCUUCCUUCUCACAGCCUUUUCUCUUCCUUUUUUUAUUCCUACUCUGCUGUCAGAGGAAAAUCUCAUGUCUCUAAAAGAAUAACCUUUUCAGGAUUUGAGGAAAUGGUUCCCAGGAUGACUGAGCAACUUCAACCAAUGAAUACUAAAAACCUGGUGUGAAGUUUGUUAACCACUAAGAAGAAGAAAAAGACGCUUUCAGAAACCAGCAGACUUUGUGUGCAAAGACAGACAGGGAGAGACUCUGAAACUAUGAGUGUUCACUGACCAAAUCUUUCUUUGACUAAUAAUCAAACGUUUUGUUGCAGUAGCUCGUCUCCCAGGGACCAAACACGUGGAACAAUAAUACCAGGAUUACUGUGCUUGAACUUAAACAUACGACCAGACCAGGACCCAAUGGCAUUUUCUUCCUUCAAUAUAUUUGUAUAGAUUUUUCUAUAUACUAUUUUCAGUAUGCGCAAGUUACUUUUCUUCGGACUUCAGAGGUGACUGAAUCCAUUAUGCAAUCAAUCUUUUUUUCAGGAAAAUACAGGUUCAGCUGAGAAUCUCAGCCCAUCAUAAUCAGAAACACAUUUGAUGUAGCUUGCAUAACAGCAAAACUACAUGUCACUCAAAGGAGAGGACUGAAGGAUAGACAUCAAACAUCCCAACUGAACUCUGGUUUGUCUCUGUAGGAGAGUUGGAGUGACCAUAUGAAGUAUUGCUUCCAAAGGACUGUGGUACACCUUAACUUCACUGAUGGCUUCAGCGCUGUUAACUAACACUGUGGAAAAUGUAUCUUAUGAUACCCUUUAAACUACGGACAUCUUUUUUCCGGGAGAAACGGAGAAUGUGUCUGUCAUUAAAUUGCAAUAGAGUGCAAUCAAAAACAUGUCUAGUGUUUUUUGGUCAAGAAAAUGAAACCGCUUAAUUUCUAGCUGAUACUCCUCUGAACAAAUGAGACCUAUUCAAGUAAACUGAGUGUUUGUCACAGUCAUGCAGACCCUAUAUUGCUCUUACAGACGGAUGGAUUGCUCACUUAUGAUAAAGCUUAAUUUAUUAAUAUUCUCCUGGUGUGCUGAUGAUCCAAUGAAAGCAAAGAACUUGCUCAAAAGGUGAAAUGUCAUAGAAGGAAACACAGAAACCACUGACAUUCGCUUCCCAUUUCAGUAGCUAUCUUUGACUUUGUGUGAAAGCAGGACACUGAGGGAACUCCAGCCUUCAAACACUUCAGACUUGACCUUCAGGGCUUUGCAAUUCAGUUCACUUUUACUUCAUUCUACAACAACAGGUCUCAGGCAGAUUCUUUUCAUUUGUCUUUUAGAUGCAAGGAAAUGCCCUUUUCACACUGCUACAAACUGGGUCCUUAAUAUUACUUUAUGUUCAAAAUCGUUCAUCUUCAUCAUUCAAAACUCAUACCUCUAUCUACAGUUUGUACCCUUAGCAUUGGAGUGUUUUAUUUAAUUUAAAAAUCCUGCUGUUUAACCAAUAUUGGAUAUAAAGGUUGGGACAGACAUUGAGCCUUUGCAAUACAUUAUGCUGCACUCAUAUCAUAUCAGUUACUGUAAUGACCAGAAAUACCAUCAACAUCCAAGUAGUCAUAACUAAAACUUGGAUUUUUCUGAAAUGUUCUUUUGCAAGCAAACACACAUGGAUGCCUCACAUCAGUCCAUCAUUCAAGGGAAAUAAACCCACAUUUAAUAUAUUUUGAAUUUUUAGACCUUAUCAAAUCAAAUUCGCAAUAAUACAACCUGAUGACGGAAAUGCUUGCAUGUCAGAAACAUGGAAAUUUGUCCCAUUUCUGCAAUCGUCCUAUAUGAUGUAAACGCAGCAUUAUACCCCAUCAACACCUGCAUGUGAGAUGUAGUGCUUAUAUCAACAUUAACACCGUGCAUCAGACCUCGUUCUCUAUGUGCAGUGUGAAAGGGGCCGACUUGACAUUUGUCAGAUUCAAGUCGGGGCCAAAGGUCGUACUGGUGCACCUUUUCCUAUGGUGUCUUUCGAUGUCUUUUUGUAGGAUUAUUCUGAUAACAUUUUGCUUCUUUGUCACUAAUCAUGGCUCUGAAAUAACACUGCUGUAAAUAGUUCAUCUCCGAUGUCAACAACUGCUUCAAGUUACAGUCUCAGUCCCAAAAAUCUAACAUUUUUCAGUUUGAAAGGUGUUUCAGAACACUGAGAAAAAAAAGAAAAACACUACUUUGCAAUAGGUUUAAUGCGAACACGUGUGGCUGUGAGCUGUUGAUAUGUUUAGCCAUUGCAAGGAUAUCACAUGGACACCCUCUUCUGUGUGUUUGGGAUUUCGGAAGCAGCUGGCUGUGUUUCUGUCAAGUUGUGUGAAAAACUGAUGUUUUCAAUCCUGAAAAAUGAGAAUCCCGCUUCAUUACUGUUGGUGCACGGAGGGGAAAAAGUGAAAAUAAGCAGUAGCAUUGAGGGGAGACUCCUGAGUCUACGUGUGUAUGACUGCAUGAUGUGAGUUGUACUGUAUGUAUAUAUGUGCUUUCAUACAUGUAGGAGUGUGCAUGUGUAUAUAUGUAUGUGUAAUAUACACACUGAUACAUUCACACGCCUAUGUGAACACAGCAAAUCCUAUAUUGUUUUGGUACUAAGUACACUACUAUACUAGGGGUUUGUUUGUAACUUAUUUGGAAUAAAAAAAAGUUGCCGGUGAUGUCUUGAUCCUUUGUUGUUUUUGCUCUCACAUGUACAUUGUGUUCAUAAAUGUAGAAAUUAAUUAUUUGUAUGUAUUAAUUUGUUAUUACAUGUAAUCAAUGUUACUUUCAUCAUUCAAAAAAGAAAUGACGCAAAUCAAUGACUGUUUUCCUCGAGCUGGAAAAAUAAAAAUGCAAAUGACAUGUUUGCUCAU